AUGGAGCUUCCACCUACCCUUCAUGGGCAGUCAAGAGAGAUGCCACUGCUUAUGAAAUAUCCUUCAGAAAGUGACUCCGCAGACAACUCAGAUCUUGAGUCUAUCCCAGCCCUGAACCCUCCACCCCACCCUCUCGACGCCCCUUCAGAACGCCUCGAGGGCCUGCCUCAUUCAUCUCCAUGGCAUCCCAAACCCCCAUUUCUACUAUUGCUGCAUGAAGCAGACACGCUGGUUUUCAUUGACCCUUCCCCGGAGGUGAUCCAAGCCAGACAACCAUGCUCAACUCGGACAGUGCCCCACCGCAUUCAUAGCGAGAGGCUUCUGGCUACAGGGUCUACAUAUUUCCAGCAUAUGUUCAGCUCCAGUUACCAGACCAGGAUCAUAAACCAACGGGGUCUUCUCAAUGGCCUUCCAGCUGGUAUCAAAUAUGUUUUGGAUCUGACACCUCCAUUACUGGACGACGACGCACUUAUUCUGCUGGCGGAGCUGUCAUGCCCCAGGAGUGUUCGAGAGUGGGCGUCUAAGAAAGAUAUCUGGUCGCUACCCGACUCGUGCGUGGGAGGGGUUGAUGAAAUGGAAGCCGUUGGAGCAUCCACAUCCACUGUGCCUGUUGCACAGAAUGCGGCACAUCAACAUGAACAAAAAUGGGACAACUCCAGGGAAGAGGCUGAUAAUAUCAAUCCACAGUCAAGGAAUUCGCGGAUCAAAAGAUUCCCCAUGGAAUACUCUCCUCAGCGUCACCGCGAGGGAAUCAAACAUAUUCUUCAUGUUUUGAUGGGCCUGAAUCCCACCCUGGACACCCCCUGCAAAAUGUGGACGUUUUUCGGGCUUGCUAAAUUCUUCGACGUGGUGACUGUCCCGGUCAUAAGUGAUCACAUCAUAUCAUGGUUCUACGAGCUUAACAAUAUCCGGUUCAUCGAGCUCCACCCCGAAGUGGUUUACUGGGUGGCCUGUGGCACGAAGUCCGUUGAACUUUGCCGAGGAGCCUUUGCCGAGCUGGUAGGAGAUGCAGCCUUGUUGUAUCUUCUCCGAAUGGCUGAGUUCACACCAUCGAGAGGCAUAGAGAUGUUGACGUGGAAUCCGGCGCGUGAUGUUCUGGAUGACGGCGAAUUGCAACGUAUCGAGUAUGCGAGCCAGAGCUUUGGAGAAUCCGUUAUCCGCUGUUUUGCAGGGUUAGCUGGCACCAGAAUGGACUGGAUAUACAUUCUUCCUGAGUGCCAGAAACUCAUUCAUCAUCUUACACUUCACUCUGAAGAUCUUGGAAUCAUCGAUCCAAUUAUCAACACACUGAAGGAGUACCUUCGUGAUCAGAUCUACGGAUUACUGGCUGAUGUCAGAGAUACGAAUCGUUCUUUCCAUGCCGAUUCCAGUGGAAGAAAAUCCUUAGACCUGUACUACAGGUACAUCGACAAGGUACCCGGCAAGGAUUUUUACCUUCAGCGACUGAUUGGCCAGGAUUUCUGGACUCGACUGGGAAGCCUGGACCUGUACACGGAAUCAUUGAUUCGCAAGGACUCUCACACCACAAUUGCAGAAAUUUUUCCUCGAUCUUUGGCUUUAUCUGGUGAAACCGACGCAAUCAUUCGACAUGUGUCCCAUACUGAAUUAUCUGAAGCAUGUCGGGCGUUUAACCUAUUGUCUCUUGAGAAAAUUAGGUUACGUGAAAUGCAAGAGGAAGAAGCUGUUCCACUUUUGGAAAUGACGAUCGUUGUUCGCCAAGCACAGAUAAAUGUUCAGAGAAGAUUAUCUCCCUUCUAUGGGCCUAUCUUGAACCCGAUCCCAGCUCCUCACCCUUACCCGUGUCUUUCUGCCGCACUUCCCCAGCGACAGGAUCCCAUUAAAGACUAUAUUUUCAACGAGUGUGACUUCAGAGAUCAAGCCGAGGCUUUUUUAACAGUCUACAGUGAGGAGCUGUUGAAAGUGCCGGAUAUUUCGGCCAGUCCACAUGUCCUUGCGGAUGUUCUCAGCUGUCUGACAUACAAUGAGUACCAAUACCUCCCUCUAUGGGCUGGUGGCAACGAUGAUGGAACGGGUGGUGUGUUUUCCGACCUAAUGAUCCCAAACGUGGAUGCGGCGGAAUUUUCAGGCCCCGGACUUGAGAUGUAUACUGGAAGCGUUGCAUCCAGCAGUUCACUCAUUGAGGUGGACGAAGACGACGAUUCAAGCACCAUUCGGGCUGCAUCCCACCGUGCCACCAACAGUCACGCGUCGGAUCUCAUGUCAGUAGAGUCGAUCAACUCCACGCAGGUUUCAGUGUGUCCCGAGCAACUCGACGAGGCCCAGUUGCAGCAAUAUGGACAGUUUGACGAUGAGGGAUCCGUGGAUUUUGGCCUGACUACCGAUGAAGAACUUGAGAUACAAUCAGACUGCACCUUGGUGGAUGAGAGCUCCCCAAUCCAUGCAGGAUUCUCCGAAGAUAUGGAAAUGGACAGCAGCGAUCAAGACAGUGGGGGGUUUGAAUUCAUUUGA